AUGACAACCCCGUCUAUCCUGAGCGCUUUGGAUCCCAAAGACUUUGCAAAUCCGGAAAUGAUUGUAGUCGGUGGAGAAUCUAUUCCUUCGGCUCUACUUGAACGGUGGGGACCGGCCAGGAAAGUGUUUAAUAGUUAUGGACCGAGUGAAUGCACUAUCGGUUCCACCUUCUGUCCGCUUUUCAUUGACCAGCCCAUCACGCUUGGUCGACCCAUCCCAAGAAUGAAUGUCUACAUAUUAGACGAGGAUCUCAGACCUGUGCCAGUCAGCGUUCCCGGUGAAAUUUGCCUCGCCGGUAUACAAGUGACUUCUGGGUAUCUGAACCAAACAAUGGAGACAGAGAAGCGGUUCAUACGAAACCCAUUCACCAAAAUCGGACGCCUGUAUCGAACUGGGGACCGAGGAUGUUGGACACAGGGUGGCGACACUGAGUAUAUUGGGAGAACUGAUAACCUCGUCAAACUAUCAUCUGCGUUAACUGGCGUCUGCAUUAUUGUCUCCAACGGCAACUUGAUAGGUUUCGUUGAGUCGGCCGACAUGGAGACUACUCAGAUGAUUGAUCAACUUUCUAAAUUGCUUCCCCGGCAUUCCUUGCCUUCUGUUAUACUUGGCAUGGACCGACUUCCAAGGACAGUAAACCAGAAGAUUGACCGAAAGAGCCUUGAACAAAAUGCGUGGCAGAGGAACCUUAAGCAGCACGUAGAGUUUGAGACUGCCACCGAGCAGAUAAUAGCCCGUAUCUGGGCAACAGUUCUAAGUCGGGAAUAUGAACAAAUAAGUGCCUUGGAUGAUUUUGUUACCUUGGGAGGCCAUUCUUUGCUCCAGAUUAGAGCCUCAAGAGAGCUUUCCACUCAUUUUGGCCGAUCGAUACCCCUUGGCCUCGUCAUCAACAACCCUUGCCUCCCAUGGCUCGCAAAGGCAGUGGAUGAAUAUAUAGUUACGGCUCAGGAGAGGUCGAGUGUGGCUUGUCCGUUUCAGUUAAGCCGGAGGCUGCCAAGCUCAAACGUCGCACUCCCUCUUUCUUACCUGGAAGAAGAAAUGUUCCUGUGGUGCCUAAUGACAGAACAUCCAUCGGCGAUGAAUGUUGCCUGUGUCCUCCAUUAUCCAGCUAAGGUUUCGGCGGAUAGGCUACGGAUCGCUGUAGAUUCAGCGAUCAAGUCGUACGAGUUGCUUCGAUUACAAUACAUCCUGGUCAACGGGGUUCCUCAGACAAUUUUGUCGGACCAAUUUAGAAAGACAGAUAUCGUCGUGAGUACACCAGUUGGUGUGGAGCGCGGGAGAAAAAAUGCAAAUAGUCAAGAGGUGACGAGCGCAGAUCUUGAUUAUAUCGACUGGGCAAACUGGUCGAGAAUAAAAAGUGCUCUUCACGGUGACGCUGAUAGAUUUUGGAAUACCUAUUUGCAUGCAAGACCCGCCAGUCCGUUCAGCGUUCCGGACCACAUCCCAACAUCCGGACCUGGAGAUUUUCGAGAUGAAAGUUUGCCAAGCCCUGCUCUUUCUUCUUUAUCCUCUCUCACGUCCUGCAGCCGGAACCAGCUUCUAUUGGGAUCGCUUGCGUUGACAAUCUAUGCUCUGACCGAGGCGUCAGAUAUUGUUCUGGGUAUAUCAUUCCAUAAUCGCAACGAAUCGGGCACAGAGGACGUUUUUGGGCUUUUACUCGAUCGUGUUCCAAUUCUCGUCCUAAUUAACGAACCCAACCUCUCGUCGACUGAAGAAUUCUUUGCCCAUAUUCGGCAGUCAGCAGAGAGUGCUAUGGCUCACUUUGCGAGUUAUCAAGCUAUUCAAAAGUCUCUAAGGAAGCAAGGGGACACAAGACACGACCCGUUCUUUGACUCAAUGGUCGCUUAUCACUCUAUAGAUGACUCUACUGGCACCCGCGAGUUUUUGGGAGGACCGCUUGACCUUGUUCUUGUAAGGCCCAGGGGAGGUUCGAAAUUUCGGCUCAUGGUUGAGCUGACAGAGAUGCAAAAUGGCACAAUUUCCCUCUGCAUAGAGUACAGAACAACAAUAUUCACCGACGACUAUAUCAGCCGUCUACAAUUAACAAGUGUAGAGGUUCUUUCUAAUAUUAGCAAGAUGGGACCGCUGGAAACACUCUAUGGAAUCAAAUCCCAAUCCAGAGCAUUUACAGAAAAACUACAAUUGUACUUUUUAAAAAGCUUAAAUAUUUAA